AUGUCACUUAAUGAUUUCGACUAUGACGACUCUGUCAAGACUUUAAUAACUAAUUUUAAUGCCCUUGCGGACGAGGUACAGCUCCUCAGCGACCGAAACACUAUUCUGCAAUACAAAUUGCAGUAUGCUCAUUCAGAGUAUCAAACUCUAGCCGACAAGUAUGCCCCUUCAGAUCCGGAGAUAUCAAGUAUCCUGGCAAAGCUACAACUUCCUCCCGAUCAAGUAGCUAGCUCUGAUCGAGCGAGCUUCGUACCCCUCCCCCUCCGAAAACGAGUAAAUUCGAAGCAGCAAACAGCAGUGGCUAUACGUGACGGAAGAAAGGCUGCCCAGCGGCUUACCGGACUAGGAGGGAAGUCGACCGGAUUUACAAGUAUAUCCGGGGCGAGUAGUAAUAUGAGGUUGUCUGCCCGCCGAACCUCUCUUUCAACAGUACUUGAGCAAGAUUUUACAGUGCCCGGCAAGAAGAGCUCCUUGGAGUGUCCCUUUGCUCCACGUCCCAUAGAUACCGUCAAGGCGUCUAGUACGAUGGACUCCGCUCAGUUGCCAACACCUCCCAACUGUAAAGACCCUACCCCGCACAAAUCGGCGGAUCCCAUCUGCGCCGCGAUGUACGCCGAGACAAUGAAUUCACCUCCGCCAUCAGCAACGGGCUCAGCUGCGAAAUGCCCUAUCCGUUAUCUCGACCAACACUCUCCCGAAGAAGUGGCUCGAUAUUUCCAGUCUCACAAGCACGAAAUCCCUCGCAGCCAUGAAAUAUGUGUGAAACGGUAUCAGAGAAAUGAGGAAGAUAUCAGGAAGCUGGAUGCGAAGUACGGAAAUAUGGCAAGCAUGAUACAAGGCCUCGGGGAAACGCAUCAGCCCAUGCUGCCGUCGAAGACUGAGGAUGGAGACUUGCAGUUCGAACGGACAUCGACAGAGAUGGUAGAGAAUUGGGCAAAUGCUGUCAGUGCUGACGGCUUAGGGCAGGAAGAGGAGCCAGAGCCACAACCUGAUGAGGAUGAUCGAGAGAGCCGGUUUGAUAGGCCGCUGAAGGAGAUCCGAGUAGGCGAAUCACCCAGUCGACCAUGGGGAAUAUCUGUGCCGAUUUUUGACCCGCCUGCUGAAGACCAGAGUGCGGCCUCUCCACCCCCAGCUCCUGUCUCUGGGGAGCAUAUCCCCAAGCCAGUGGGGAAAUGUCCAUUCGGACACGGCCAGGGUAUCAAGGCGGAAUCAGAACAGCCUGAAAUCCACACUUACGAAGAGCGGCCGGUGGGCAAAUGCCCAUUUGGGGCUGGACAGAAGCCCCAGGAGGAGGAGGCUCGGAUGCCGUCCCCACCACCUGCUGUCCAAAGACAGCCCGCUUUUAUUCAACCUCCCAAUGUGCCCCAAAUGGGCAAUGCUGGUGGAAAUACUCCACAAAUGAUAUUCACCGGCCCUGUUUUUAUUGGGUAUCCUAUGGACGACGCUAUUCGUUUCAUGCAGCAGUAUAAGGGUUUGUGA